AUGUCUAGCUUGAUUUUUGUUGUUUGGUGAGAUUUUCCGAAAUGGUGGGUCGAGGAAAAACGCUUGGAUCUGGUUUGGCGAAGAAGGCUACUUCUCGUAGUAGCAAGGCCGGGCUUCGGAAAGUACGCCGAGCGUGUCGGAGCAGGAGCUCCGGUCUAUUUAGCCGCCGUUCUCGAAUACCUCGCCGCCGAGGUACUUGAGCUAGCUGGGAACGCAGCAAGAGACAAUAAGAAGACACGUAUUGUUCCUCGACAUAUUCAGCUUGCUGUGAGAAACGACGAGGAGCUUAGCAAACUACUUGGAGAUGUGACCAUUGCCAAUGGAGGAGUGAUGCCAAACAUCCACAAUCUCCUUCUUCCCAAGAAGGCUGGUUCCUCUAAGCCUACUGAUGAAGAUUAG